GAGGAGGAGGAGGAGGAGGAGGAGGAUUUUAUUCGGACUCCCUGUGUUUCAGAUAUAGAGGAGCAUCGGUGAGAAGUGAGGAGCAGCGAUGAAUCAAACUGCAUCUGUGUCCCAUCAGAUCCAGUGUCAGCCGAUCAAGGACGACAAGGAGUUUGUGGACGUGAGCCCGCCGCAGAGGAACUGGAAGGGCAUCGCCAUCUCUCUGCUGGUCAUCGUGGUCGUGUGCUCGCUCAUCACCAUGUCCGUGGUCGUCCUCACACCCGUGGAGGUUCCCGGCAGCAGCAGGUCCAGGCUGACGGUGGCGGACCUGUACAAGCCCGAGUUCAGCGUCCACGACCCCGAGGCCACGUGGAUCAGCGAUUCCGAGGUGGUCUACAGGAACCGCGACGGCCACGUCAUCAAGUUUAACUUCGCCCUGAACGAGACGGAGGUCAUUCUGAGCAACAGCACGUUUGUGGCUUUCAAGGUGGCGAAGUACUCGCUCUCUGCAGAUCUGAAGUACGCGCUCUUCGCCUACGACGUCAAACAGAUGUACAGAUAUUCCUACACGGCGUCUUAUAUCGUCUACAACAUCUACACGAGGGAGGUUUGGGAGCUGAAUCCUCCUGAGGUCCAGAACGCUGUGCUCCAACACGCAGCCUGGGGCAAACAAGGACAACAGCUGAUCUACAUCUUUGAGAACAACAUCUACUACCAGUCGGAUGUGAAGAGCGUCUCCCUGAGGAUCACUUCCUCUGGGAAGGAGGGCGUCAUCUUCAACGGCCUCGCUGACUGGCUCUACGAAGAGGAGAUCCUGCGCUCACACCUGGCUCACUGGUGGUCGCCGGACGGGGAGCGACUGGCCUUCCUCACCAUCGACGACACCCGGGUGCCCAACAUGGCUCUGCCCCAGUUCACCGGCAGCACCUACCCCCGAGGGCUGCAGUACCCGUAUCCUAUGGCCGGUCAGACGAACCCUGCGGUCAAGUUGUCGCUGGUCAACCUGUUCGGAGCGACUCACACUCAGGAGCUGCAGCCUCCUGAUCAGCUCCGGCACAGAGACUUCUACGUCACCAUGGUGAAGUGGAUCAGUCCCACGCACCUCGUGGUGCGCUGGGUCAACCGGCCGCAGAACGUGUCGCUGCUGACGGAGUGUGACGCCGCGUUAGGAGUCUGUCUUCAGAGGCACAAGGACUCCUCGGAGACGUGGCUGUCCAGACAGGGACAGGAGCCGCUGUUCUCCAAGGACAGGAGCAGGUUCUUCCUCACGCUGCCUGUGAAACAAGGAGGUCAGGGAGAUUUCCACCACAUCACGAUGUUCACAAAGAAGCUGCGGAGCGACCAGGACGAGGUUCGCCAUUUGACGUCAGGAGACUGGGAGGUGACGGAAAUCGUAGCUUACGACGAGAACAACCAGCUCGUAUACUUCCUGAGCACAGAGGACUCGGCGCAGCAGAGACAUUUAUUCUGGGUCUCCACCCUCGGCCUGUUUCCACGGCGAUGUCUCACCUGUGGACUGAAGGAGGAGUGUACGUUUUUCGACGCAAACGUCCACGCCGACGCGCAGCACGCCGUCCUGCGCUGUAAAGGCCCUGGAGUUCCAGCUGUGCUGCUCCUGAAUCUGGACGACGUGGACUCGUAUUUCAUCCUGGAGAACAACCUCCCUCUGCGCACGGCGCUCCAGACCAAGAGGACGGUUCAGACCGACAUCCGCUUCAUCACCCACGGCAACUUUGAGCUGCCGCUGAAGCUCAACUAUCCCCCCGACUUCUCCGAGUCCUUCCUCUACGGCCUCCUCCUCAUCGUUGGCAGUUCUCCUGGGACCCAGACGGUGACGCAGGAGUUCAGGCCGGACUGGGACUGGGUGCUGGUGGGAUCUGAGCAGGUCAUCGUGGCUCGACUGGACGGCAGAGGUUCUGGGUUCAGAGGUCAAAGGGUUUUACAGGAGGUCCACAUGAAGCUCGGCUCCGUCGACGCUGACGACCAGAUUGCUGCUCUCGAUUACCUGGCGAAGCUGCCGUUCAUCGACCGCACUCGAGUCGGAGUCUUCGGAGAGGAUUACGGCGGCUUCCUGGCGCUGACGAUGCUGAAGUCGCCGGAGCGGCUGGUGAGAUGCGCUGCAGCUCAGACUCCCAUCAUCGACUGGUCCAUGUACGCCUCGGCCUUUUCCGAGCGAUACUUGGGCUCGCCCACCACCGAGGAGAGCAAAUACCAGGCGUCCAGAGUCCUGAGCAACAUGAAGGGUCUGCAGGGAGGAACCCUGUUCCUGGCUCACGGGACGGCGGACGCCAACGUCCACUUCGCGCACUCGGCAGAGCUCAUCAAGCACUUGAUAAAGAUCGGAGCCAACUACACCAUGCAGAUUUACCCGGACGAGGGACACUUCCUGUCCCAGCGCAGCCGCAUCCAGCUGACUCACUCCCUGAUCGGUUAUUUCCGCGGCUGUCUCCUCGACGCGUCAUCGCUACUCGACCAGCAGCGGGACGACGAGUGAGAGGAACAGCCUUCGACCACUGUGUGUCUCGGUUUGUGUGUCACUGAGCGUUUGUGCCCCCGUAGACUCAAGUGUGUGUGGGUGUGUGUUUUUUUUAUACCUGUCGUACAAUAUUUGACAAAACAAGCUUCUACUCGACAUUUCAGACUAGUUUCCAUCGCUCGUCACCUCAGUAGAAUAAAGUUCCCACCGUCCGCUCUAAUGUCGAGUAUCACGAUGCCGUGCAGACCUGUAGGGGGCGCUAGCUCGCAAACAUCUGAGAAGUUUUCACAGACAAUAUUUAAUUCAAAAUGUAUUUAACUAAGUAAAUAAGUGACGGUAGCUUGUUGAUAACGUGUGUAACUUCGGCCACUAGGGGUCGCCCUAAUCAAAACAAUAACACAAGAGUUCAUGUAUAAAAGUUUUAUUGACGUUGCACAGAAACAUAAAUCUAGUUUUUAGACAUUUUAAUGAAGAAUUGUUUCAUAUUUUAUCUUUAAAGAUUCUGCAAUUGGCAAAAAUCUAAAGUUAAAAAUGAUGAUCAACCAAGUGAAACAAAUGCACUUAAAUUUAAAGUGUGUGUGUGUGUGUGUGUGUGUGUGUGUGUGUGUGUGUGUGUGUGUGUGUGUGUGUGUGUGUGUGUGUGCCUCUGUUCACUGUAUUUUCUUAUCGUGCCACAGAAAACACUCUGAGCCUUUACGAAGAUUCUCUGUUGACGGGUUGAAAACGUUUUUCUUUUUCCAUUUAGGAUUAGAUGGAUUUUUUUCAGCAGCCGAUUACAUCGAUCACAAACUCUCUCUCUAGAUAUUGUACAUUGUUUGUUUUCAUGCAACUUGGUCGUCUUCUAAAAAAAACACUUUUGGUUUAAAACCAGACAAGAAGGACAUUUUGGUGUCGUAUUGUUACUCAUCGCAUUUUAUUUUUUAUUAUUCUACAUUUCUUACGAGAGUGAAUCCGUCAGCGUGUCCGACGUGUCACCGACGUGGAAACGCUCACGUCAGUGGAGUCGUCCGACCUCUGGACAGAUAUAGAUGUACAGAACUUUUCUUUAUAGUCCCUGGUUCUGUUUCAACUGGGAUUUUUAAAUUUAUUUUUGUAUUUAUUUAUUUCUAAAGUCGAUAUUGAUUGUUUCACAACAUGUAUUUUCUCUUUUUAAAGAGAUUUAAAGGGUCAGUAGGUGACUUUCGAUCUGUUAGAAAAGCACGUUCACUUAUUAUAGUUUUGUUUAACUCCACGUCCCACGUCUCUUUCUAUUUGUUUACGACACAGUUGCAGGAACUAAAUGAGAUUAUUGCUUUAACGUUUCUUUGACACCAGACUCAUCCGCCAAUCCACAGAAGACUACAGGUUAUGAUUUAUAACACUUUAUUAUAGUUUUCUAUGUUUUUAUUAAAUUGAACUGCUCUGAAAAGUGGUUUAAAUUCACAACGUCCCUUUGAAUCAUCGGCUGAAACAAAUAUCUGGAGACAGAAACACGUUUUUUUUGGGGGAUUUAACUAAAUUCCUAUGACCUGCUAAUUGAAACGAGUGUAACCACUGUUCUGGGUGAUUUAUUGAAUGACUCCUCUUCACCCUCCAGCUGUUUGAUAUGUUCUUUGGGAACCAUGUGACACUGUGGUCCGCUGAGCGUGGCACUAACAGGCAUCACGACUGUUGUGGCAGCGCGGAGCCUGAGAGCACUUCUCCGCUGUGAUUUACGAGCACGAGAGUGAUUCAGACGAUUACUGUCGGCCGCACAUGAGCGCCAUUAAUCACGGUGAUGCAUGUCCUCUGCUCUGUCGUGGCUUUUAGACGAGACGAGAGCACUUGACUUUAAUUUCCAAAUCUGCUAUUAACAAAAAAAAAAGCUGAAGUGACAAGCGUCCCUGGGAUCUGUGGAGAUAAUUCCCCAGCGCCAGGCGAGCGGUGGGGUUGCCGGGCCGACGUCUUUCCGUCUCCUCGGGUACCGCUACACUCCGAUCCUCCAGUUAAAGGUGGAGCUGCUGCCGUCCACGUUAGAGUAACUGUGUGUGACGUCAUUCUUGUCUCUGUUGGGAUUUGUACUGUAAGUCUGGUUUUAUGCUCGGGGACGGGGAGUUCUGUGAAUGUCGGUGUGAAUCUAGAGGAGCUUACUGUGUUUUUUGGCUGUUUUAAUAUUAAAGAACAAUGAAGGAGA